CCCCGCCAAAUUCCCAGCCCUACAGAGAGAACUCCGGGAAAAAGCUUCAGAGAGAGAGAGAGAGAGAGAGAGAGAGAGAGAGAGAGAGAGAGAGAGAGAGAUUGUAAUGGAGGAGAGCGAGAGAGAAAUCAGAAUCAGAACCCUAACCGGAGAAUCACUGACCGUCGUCAUUUCCGGCAGCAGAACAAUUGAUGACCUCAAACUUCUACUCAGGCGGAAUUUCCCGUCUGCAACCAAUUCCCCCAAUUUUCACCUCUUUUCUAAGGGUAGCAAAUUGAAACCGCAGAGUCUCAUUGGUGCGUGCCGCAUUGACCAUGGCGAAUUUCUAGUUCUCAUUCCAUUUAAUAAGAAGGAAUCUUCUAAGUCCCAGUUACGCGAUCAAUAUGAACAGCGGUCCAGUGUUUCGGACAGAAGCUCGAUUUCUCAAUUCGCUGAUUCUGCGUGGUCCGAUAUGGUGCAGGAUUUAUCGUAUUUACAUGACUGCUCUCUUCAAGGGAGAGAUGAGAAUGUCCACGAGCGUGAGAGAGGGAAUUCUGAAAUUGGAGACGUAGAAGCUGAAUUGGUAGGGACAUCUAGUAGUAGUUCUUCAAGUUCUAAAGCAAAAGGAAAAAAGGGUUUUGUUUUUAAUGACUUGAAAGGGAAUGAUGACGUUUUGAGGAACUUACUAUCGUCUCAUACUGAAGGAUUUUUAAAUGAACACACUUGUGAAAACUUUCUUAAGUUUUUGGAGUCAGUGGAUUGUUUAUCGGACCCACGCAAUGGGGAAUGUAUGUUGGCAAAACAAGCUAAUUCACGAGGAGCUAACAAAAAAGUGCCACAUAGAACAUAUUCUCCUUCAUGCCUGUGUCCAGUAUGGUUGAAGAAGAUAAGGAAGGCAUUUUCUUUCUUAAAUGUUUUUUCAAUGAUUCUUCAACUACAAGAGAAAAUUAUGACCGUAAGUCGAUUGGAGCAAGCAAUGGACCUGCUACAGAACCAUGGAAUUACAAUUUGUACAGAGGACAUAAAGCACCUCUCGCUUCUCUGUCCCAAGGCAGUACAUUUUGCAAGUGGCAGUUUGGAAGAUAGUUGUGAUGAUACGCUUUCCAUUGUUAUUUAUUUGUCCGAACAAAAUGGUCGAUGGAAUGAUGGCAAUACCGGUAAGCAUGUAAACCGUGAUGCACCAAAGGAUGUCACUCUACUGAAGAGACGGGAAAGAUCCUUUAAAUUUUACCUUUGGGAGGCUAUUAAGUUCCAUAUGCUUAGACAUGGAAGCAGAAGUGAGAUAUGCGUACCUUUUUCCUUGGAAGAUUUAAUCACACCAAAAGAGUCUUCUGUCCAUGGGGGUGAAGAAAAGCGACGAAAGAAAAGUGAUACGGCUUCUUCAAGUUCUAAAUCAGACCAAAUACAAUGUCAUGACACUUCAAAACUCUUACCUGAGAUAAUGGUUGAACAUCUUAAAGCGGGUGUUGGAUCUGAUGGCCAGAUAGUGCAUGUGGAAGAUAUUGCGGCUAGGAAAGCUAAUUAUGUGGAAAUUCCAGAGGAACUUUCAAAUAAUGUUAUAUCAGCACUCAAAUGUAUUGGUGUUGAAAAAUUGUAUAGCCAUCAGGCACGGUCAAUUGAAGCCUCCUUGGCUGGAAAGCAUGUUGCCGUUGCCACAAUGACUUCAAGUGGAAAAUCUCUUUGCUAUAACCUGCCAGUUCUUGAAUCAAUGUCUCAAAAUGUCACAUCAUGUGCUCUUUACUUAUUUCCAACUAAGGCCUUAGCUCAAGAUCAACUCAGAAGUUUGCUCGUCAUGAUGAAAGGAUUUAGUGAUAACCUUAACAUUGGCGUUUAUGAUGGUGAUACAUCUCAGGCUGAUAGGGUUUUAUUGCGUGAUAAUGCUAGGCUGUUAAUCACAAAUCCAGAUAUGUUACAUGUAUCAAUCCUGCCAUACCACAGACAAUUUAGUCGGAUAUUAUCAAAUCUUCGAUUUGUACUCAUUGAUGAGGCUCAUACUUAUAAGGGAGCAUUUGGAUGUCAUACUGCACUAAUACUACGGAGACUUCGCCGGAUAUGCUCACAUGUGUAUGGAAGUGAUCCUUCUUUUAUAUUCUGCACGGCGACUUCUGCAAAUCCGCGUGAACAUUGUAUGGAACUUGGAAAUCUGUCAAGCUUAGAGCUGAUUGAAAACGAUGGAAGUCCUUCUGCCAGAAAACUUUUCAUCCUCUGGAAUCCUAUUAAGGCCUUGAAAAAUUAUCAGAGAGAUAUUGAUUCUCUGCAGAGUACAGAAAAGAAUGUUAAUUUCAGAAAUCCAAGCCCAAUUAUGGAUAUAGCAAGGCUCUUUGCGGAAAUGGUUCAGCAUGGACUUCGCUGCAUUGCUUUUUGUAAAACUCGUAAACUUUGUGAACUCGUUUUAUGCUACACGCGUGAAAUUCUUAAGGAGAGAGCACCCCAUCUGGUACAAUCUGUGUGUGCUUAUCGUGCUGGAUACACUGCUGAGGAUAGGAGGAGAAUUGAGAGUGACUUUUUUGGGGGGAACCUUUGUGGCGUUGCCGCGACAAAUGCCCUUGAAUUGGGUAUUGAUGUAGGGCAUAUUGAUGCAACUCUGCAUUUGGGCUUUCCCGGAAGUAUUGCUAGCUUGUGGCAACAAGCUGGCAGGGCAGGAAGGAGAGAAAGGACUUCUCUCUCUGUGUAUGUUGCAUUCGAUGGGCCACUUGAUCAGUAUUUCAUGAAAAACCCUGAAAAGCUUUUUGGGAGCCCAAUUGAGUGCUGCCAUAUUGAUGCUGGAAACCAACAGGUUCUUGAACAGCAUUUGUUAUGUGCUGCACAUGAACAUCCAAUAAGUGUGCUUUAUGAUCAGAAUUUUUUUGGUUCUGGCUUGAACACUGCCCUAACGUCUCUAAAAAAUAGAGGAGAUCUGAUUCCUGAUCCAUCAUGUGGCUCAUCCAAAAGUAUUUGGAACUAUAUUGGGCAAGAGAAAAUGCCUUCCCGCGCAGUUAGCAUCCGAGCCAUUGAAACAGAGAGAUACAGAGUUGUAGACCAGCGGCAAAAUGAAGUUAUUGAAGAGAUUGAGGAAAGCAAGGCUUUCUUUCAGGUAUAUGAAGGUGCUGUUUAUAUGCAUCAAGGACGAACUUAUUUGGUCAAAAGCUUGAAUUUGUCAAGUAUGCUUGCUUUCUGUGAAGAAGCUGAUCUAAAAUAUUACACAAAAACACGUGAUUACACUGACAUUCAUGUUAUCGGUGGUAAUAUGGCUUAUCCAAGGAGAUUUCCAAAUAUUCCGCCCUCAAAAACAACUGCUCAAGCAAAUGAUUGCAGAGUUACCACCACUUGGUUUGGUUUCUAUCGUAUAUGGAAAGGAAGUAAACAAAUUUUUGAUACAGUGGAUCUCUCACUUCCCAAAUAUUCAUAUAACUCUCAGGCAGUCUGGAUUCCAGUACCACAAUCAGUAAAAGAAGAGGUGAAGAGGAAAAGCUUCGACUUUCGUGCAGGCUUGCAUGCUGCUUCACAUGCUCUUCUGAAUGUAGUGCCAUUACGCAUAAUAUGCAACAUGUCUGACUUGGCUCCUGAAUGUGCAAAUCCUCAUGAUACUCGCUAUUUUCCAGAAAGAAUACUGUUGUAUGAUCAGCAUCCUGGAGGAACUGGUAUGUCAGUGCAGAUUCAACCCGUUUUCAUAGAGCUGUUGAAUGCUGCUUUGGAACUUCUCACCUCUUGCUGCUGCUUAGGAGAGACCGGCUGCCCUAAUUGUGUCCAAAGUUUGGCCUGUCAUGAAUACAACGAGGUUUUACACAAGGAUGCAGCCAGUUUAAUUAUUAAGGGUGUUCUGGAUGCUGAGAAAUCAUAUUGCAGGUAAACUUGGAUGUUCUUGGAGAUUCAUGCUCUCUUUCUGCUGCAAGAAAAGGACCCAGUUUCUAUUUUUAAGAUAGGAAUUAGGAGAUAAUUUUUGGCCACUCCGAGGAGAAAUUAUCGGAGAGUCCUCAAAUUAGAAUGUCACUGUACCCAUAAUACUUAACUGGAUUGGUGGAAUUAUAAUCUGCGGAAAGAUACAAUCCGGCUCCUUCAGGUGAACCACUCUUAUUAGAUCUUCUCUAGAGGUCUUUUGCUUCAAGCAGGCAUUGUGGGUUAACUAAAGACCGAUAGUCAUUUUUGAAAGUUCUCGGAAGAACCUUUUUCUUUCAAAAAAAAAAAAAAAGAACCGUUCACAUCGUGGUGAGAUUUUAAGCAUAUUGUUUUCAAAUAUCAUUUUGGUGUGAUCACUUGUGAAUUAACGCAACAGAGAGCCAACCUGAACAUAGUUUAACUUGUUCACCUGAUACAUAUCCCCAACUAAAAGGUCGUGGAUUCGAAUUUCCACCCCUACAAGUUGUACUAAAAAAAACUCGAGAACAGUGCAAUUGGAGCGAAAGAGGGUUGGUUAUUGGUUUAAAAAUACUGAUUAAUUAUCUUUUAACAGGAUUGCUAUAUUUAUUGUUCUCCUAAUGAAACGAACAGUCUUACUAAUUUAGAACUACAUUGUUAACUGAGUUAUCUAUUGAUUUCCAUCCAGUUUACUUGUGAUUAUGUUUUUAGUUAAGCAAACACGAUAUUGGUGUAUACUUGUGAAUGGUCUGUAAGUGAUUUCGGAAAGAUAUUUGUCUUUAUUUCUGUAUAUGAAGCGAAGAUUAUUAA